GAAAUAAACGCAUCGAAAGAGAGAGAGGGAGAGAGAGAGAGCGAGAGGAGGGGAAAGCCAAUCUCUACCAAGUGAAGCUGUUUAGCCAGUGAGCGAGUGAAGAAAAUGGCGAUCAUGCAGGACGAAUUCCUCCCCUCGUAGAUGCUGCAAACGCGCUGAAUUUCAUUUUAAGCCUUAGAAUCGGUUUUCCCUUCCACUCUGUUGCACUUUACACUUCAAUGAGAGAUUUGGAAUUGGAAGCUGUUGCCACCAAAGAAACUGAAGCAUCUUAACAGGGAUCAGAACCACGGAGGGAAGAACAGUGAAUGGAAGAGAGAGAAAGACGGAGAGCGUGAAGAGGAAGGAGGACGAGAAAACACAGGACUGGACGAAAGAGCCAGAGCAUACCAAGUGAACGCAGAGUCCUACAUCUAAAACCACACUUCUCCCCUUUCCCCCCCUCCCCGCACACACACACACACACACCUUCUUGCACAUACACUCACAUACACAUACACGUACCCACUUCAGCAAUGCCAAGACAGCCCGGCCAUCCUGUUUCUCGCUCUGACAAGCCCCACCCAUUUACCUCAGAUCCUUGAGGCUGUGUCCUUUGAGCUUUGACCCUUGACCUCCCCCGUUUGCCCUGGGAUCCAGAGGUCACCUGUUCUCCACUCAACCCCAGGACUCCCUUCUGUCCCACCAGGAGCAGCAGCCGCAAGCUGCACUCGCAGGAAUGGCUCCCAUUCGGGAUUCCGUCAGCCACUCCUCUAAUCAAACAGGUUUAGAGCAUCCUGGCUUGGACUCACAGUAUGAGCCUUCCCCUUGGUCCUCUGGCUCUCCCUGCAGCAGUGACAAUAACAGCAACUGGGGAAAAGUCCUAGUGGAAGGAAGUUCUGACAAGCCCAACAACAUUUCUUCAACCAACUCUUCUGUUUGGCCUCCAUCAUCCUCCUCCUUUUCUUGCUCCUCUUCUUCCUCCUCUUCUGGCUGUGGGUCAGGCUCAGACCCUGAGCUGGCAUCAGAAUGCAUGGACGCCGACUCUAGCUCCUCAAUCGGCUCAGAGAAAAACCUCUCGGCUGUUGCAGGGACAACAGUAAUGAUGAUGUCAGCAAAUGCUUCUUCUGUGUCUUCUACAGCGUCCUCUCCUUCUUCUGCAAUGAUGGUCAGUGUUUCUGUUAACGGUGAGAGCAACAGCAACGGUCUUCAGGUUAUUUGUGGAGGAAUGGGAACCUUGACCAACACAAAUAUUGGAAAUAACAUGUCUGGGUCCUCCCAACCCUCCAUGGUUGGUUCCAGCAGUAUUGGCAGCAAUAACUUGGGUAACCACAACAUCAAGCUGGUGAAUAACACUGGUGUAUGGGGCACCCAGUCAGGCAGCAGCAUCAUAACCACGGGUGGAAGCAUCCCUUGCAUUAAUGGAGGGUUAAACCCAAACACUUUGAACCCAAAUGCCAACCACGGUGCCUGGCCCCAGAAUCCAACCCCAAGCCCAGUGUCCCAGGGCCAAAGGCCUCCACAGGCUCAGGGGAUGAGUUCCAAACUGGGUAUAGCCCCCCAACAGUGCCCCUUGCUGGGCUGGGGUGGCAUGGCAGCUCCAGACAACAGCAGUAUGAUGGAAGACACUGAUGUGACUAAUGGUACAGCAAGCAGCAAAGUGUUAGGAAGCAGCAGCAGUGGAAACGGUGGCUCGCAGCUUUCCAACCUUAACACUGAAACCAAUGGACCAAAUAACACUAUUAAGAUGAAUACUACUACUACUUCUACUACUACUACUAAUGCCACAAUGACCUCUACUCCACCAAACUCUACCGCCUCACCCCAACUCAGCGGGGACUCUUCCUGGGGUUCCGUUGGAGGGGGGAAUGGGGGUCCACUGGCCAAUGGAAACCCCUCAUCAGCCACCCAGAACCCCCAAGGAGAAUUAGGGAGUUCUGAGGCCUUCGGUACGCCUUGGGGCACUACCUACCCUGGAGACAAGGGCCCCCCAAAUUCAGACACUGUGAACUCCCAAAACCCUGCCUUAAUGCAGGCUGGAAAUCCCCAAAUGUCCUCUACUGCUGCUUAUAAGUGUAAUAAUACCCACAACACUGGGGUCCCACCCUGGGACCAGGGGCUUGCCAGUAACCAGCCUCAGAGUAACUUGGCCUGGAGUGUUGGCUCCAAUCAAAUCCCAGGCUGUGCAGGAACAGGUAAUGGGAAUCAAUCUAUAAUGGGCUCUCCAGCAGGCAUUCCUCGUCCCUGGGGAAGCAGCGCAUCGUCCUCUUCUUCAUCCUCGUCAUCCUCUUCCGCAUCGAACAACAAGAUUUCAAAUGGAGAAUGGGGAUCAUCAGCUCCUGGUAACAACCCUUUGGAUGUUGGAAGUCAAAAAGGAAGCUCGGCCAACAAUGGCUGGAAAAGCCUGGAAGAUGACGCCAUAGGCAUGGGAGGUGGGGCGGCAGUCAGUAGUACGCACAGUUUGGGGAGUGUCCCUGGAGGCUGGGGUCGCUCAGGAGGAAGUGAAGGAAGUGGAGAGAGCUCUGGAGGCCGAUCCAGCUCAGACAGCUACCAGCAAAAAGGAGGAAAUCGCAGAAAACCUACCCCACCGUCUUCAACGGUCGCAUCUGCUGUAGUUCAAGCUGAUGUAGACCCACGUGUAUUGUCCAACACUGGGUGGGGUCAGACUCCCAUACGGCAGAACACAGCCUGGGAUGUCAAUUCUCCUGCUAACAGUCAGUCCCAGGGUCCCAGAGUUGAAGAAAGAAAGCACAGCAGUGGAGGCUCCACCUGGGGCACAGCAGCACCACAAUCUUCUUCCCAAAAUUCAGGAGGCUGGGGAAGUAGACAGGUCGGCUCGGGCCCAGAUGCAGGAGGUUCCAGCUGGGGAGAACCGAGGCAAACGAGUGGGUGGGACAGCAAAGUCCCAGGGAGUAGAAGUGGGCAGAGUGGCUGGGAUGAUGGUUCCAGCUACAAGAGUAACCACAACAACAGUAACACAUGGAGCAACAACUUCAGUAAAGAUGACAGGUCCAAUACUUGGACUAAUGCACCCAAACCACAACAAAACUGGUCUUCCCAUGGUGGAAAUGGAACUGAGGGUUGGGGCAACAGUGGAGAUGGUCCAAGAGGAGGAGCCAGCAACCACUGGGGGGAGCCCCACAAAGGUGCCGGCUCAGUGGGCUGGGAUAGCGACAGUGACCGGUCUGGCUCUGGAUGUUGGAGCGAGCAAAGCCGAACCAACACCAGCAGCGGCAACACCUGGGUGGGGAGUGGAGGAUCAAAUACCCCUGAUCAGGGCGCGCCAAAUCAAGGAUCCACAUGGGGCGAGUCGGUCCACAAACCCAAUCCUCAGAGUAACAGUCAGGGAUGGGGUGAGCCAGUGAAGAACAAUCAGAGCUGGGGUGAGCCGAAUACCAAACCCUCCAACGAGUGGGGAAAACCUCCUGAAUCUAACAUGUCCAGAGGCAAUCAAGGUCCAACCAAGCCCACAGGUUGGCUGGGAGGCCCCAUGCCCUCAGCGGGUCAGAAGGAGGAAGCAGCAGCCACUGGGUGGGAGGAACCUUCUCCAGAGUCCAUAAGGCGCAGGAUGGAGAUUGACGAUGGCACUGCAGCAUGGGGAGACCCUGGUAAACUAUGUUGCAAAGGCAGUGGAACAUCUGUCAACUUGUGGAACAAAACCAACCCAUCAGGCCAGGAGAACACGUCUCAACACCAGUCUCACUCGGGACACAACACGAUGCAUCCUCCACAGCCAAUGCAGCCUCCUCCCCAGGAGAAAAGCAGUUCUGGUUGGGGUGAUCCGUACCCUCAGCAGAAGGAGUCCUCCUCAUCAACAUGGGGGGAGCCCACUGCUGCUCCACCUGUUACAGUGGACAAUGGCACGUCUGCCUGGGGCAAGCCAAUAGAUAGCUCCUCUGGCUGGGCCGAACCCAACCGGGACAACAGCAGAGAGUCUGUCUCUACCUGGGGUGGCCAGCAUAAGUCUGCUCCCAAGCCCAUGGAGACAUGGUGCAGCAAUGACACAUCCAUGGGCAACACUUGGGGCCAGGAAGAGGAGGUGGAGAUUGGCAUGUGGAGCAACAGCCAACAGGACAACAGGUCCCAUGACCAGAACACCUUGAAUUACAAGCAAAAAGGCAACAAGAUGAACAAACCAGUUAACAAACAGGAUGAACCCUGGAUAAAACCAUUCGUCAACCAGUUCAGCAACAUGAACUUCUCAAGAGACUCUCCUGACGAAUCCCUGAAGACAGGACCAGGGAUGGUGCAGGACAAGCGCAUGGACAUGGGCAGCAUGGGAGACUACAAUGGAGUGAUGGGAAAGAACCCUGGGUCUCGACACCAGCUCCAUAAGGAGUCUGCCAUGGAUCGCAACCCCUACUUUGACAAGAAUGUAAACCCCAUGAUGGGUGGAAGCAGCGUAGCACAGGGCCGAGGUGGCCCCCAGUCCCACAUCCCCCCGCAACCCAACCUUCGUAACCAAGUGCCUCCACCCAUCCCGCCCUCUCAGGUCACUCCACCCCUGUUGAAGUACCCAGGAGGUAAUGGAGGUCUGAACCCUCUGUUUGGCCCUCAGCAGGUGGCUGUGCUCAACCAACUCUCCCAGCUCAAUCAGCUCAACCAGCUGAAUCAGCUCAACCAGUUGCAGCGUCUUCUUCUGCAACAGCAAAAGGUUCAGAAUCAGAGAGCAAUGCCCGUAGGACGACAGACUGAACAGGUGACUCGUCCUAUUGGUUCUUCUCCAAUGAUGCAGCCCCCACGUCAUCUGGACCCAUCUUUGAUGAAACAGGCACAGCCUCACAAACCAUACCUGGACAACUAUUUGUCCCACAAUACACAUGAGAUGCAGAAGGAUUCUCCUGCUCUUGGAUCCUUCACCAACUUCCCUUUAAGCUUGAACUCUAACCUGAAUGUAUCCCUGGACAUGGGUGUUAGUGGUAGUAAUAGUGGUGGAUCUGUGAGCUACAAGGAGCCACCUCAGUCCAGACUGAAGAAACUUUGGGCUACUGACCCUCUGGAGCAGAACAGCAAACCUGGUGCUAUGUCGUCUGGGCUGCGUCUGGAGGACUCUCCCUUCUAUGAGUUCCUGUCUCCCCUGAGUCCUCCUGGCCAAUCAAUGGGCUCUGUGGGUGAUGGCUGGCCGCCCCGUGCCAACUCCCCUCCAUCCCAUGGAAACACUGUCACCUGGCCCCCAGAGUUCCGCCCGGGAGAGCCUUGGAAAGGUUACCCCAACAUUGACCCUGAGACUGAUCCUUUUGUGACCCCCGGUAGUGUCAUCAACAACCUCUCCAUCAACACCGUCCGAGACACAGACCACCUCAGGGACAGGAACAACGGUGGGACACACAAAACUCAAUCAAAACCUAUUAACACUUUGAAAGGGCCAUCCUCAUCACUGAACACCACGAUGCCUUCUAACAGUGCCUGGUCAUCCAUUCGUGCCUCCAGCCACAGCGGUUCCCUCACCAGUACAGCACAAAGCACUUCAGCCAGACCCAGUGAAUCAAAGUGGUCUCCCGGUGGCGGUCCUGUGUCUAACUCCUCCCUGGCCCAUGAGCUGUGGAAGGUCCCCCUGCCUCCAAAGGCGCUGUCUGUGGCAGCCCCCUCCAGACCUCCACCUGGUCUCACCAGCCAGAAGCCCAGUCCUGCCUCCACUGGCUGGGACCCCUCUUCACUGAGGUUGGGGGGUUGGAGCUCACCUGAAUCCAGAUACACACCUGGUUCCAGUUGGGGUGACAGCAGCAGCUCAGGGAGAUCCCAAUGGCUUGUUCUGAAAAAUCUCACACCUCAGAUUGACGGCUCUACCCUGAGGACCCUGUGCAUGCAGCACGGCCCUCUGAUCACAUUCCACCUCAACCUGCCGCAUGGAAAUGCUGUGGUCUGCUACAGUUCAAAAGACGAGGCCGCCAAAGCCCAGAAGAGCCUGCACAUGUGUGUUUUGGGGAACACUACUAUUCUGGCUGAAUUUGCCAGUGAGGAGGAAAUCAACCGUUUCUUUGCACAAGGGCAGUCAUUGGCCACUCCUUCCUCCAGCUGGCAGACCAUCGGCUCCUCUCAGAGCCGAAUGGAUCAGUCUCAUCCGUUUCCCAGCCGUGCUCCUGAACCCAACCAGUGGAACAGCAGUGAUCUCCACAGUUCCUCCCUUUGGGGCGGGCCCAACUAUUCCAGUAGCCUGUGGGGGAGCCCCAGUGGCACCGAGGCAGGGAGGCUCAGCAGCCCUUCUCCAAUCAGCUCCUUCCUCCCGGUGGAUCACCUGACAGGAGGUGGGGACACCAUGUGAACCGCCUGCCAAUCAAACUGGCUGGGGGUCAAGGGUCAGUAGAGAAUUAUCAAUAAUCAGCGAUAGAAAAAUGGAAAAAAAAGCUUAAAAAAACACAAUGGCACUAGUUGGACUCUUUCUCACUUACAAUAUAUUCAACAAAUAGGGGUUUCCCCCUGUGGAAAACAAGUUACGUUUCUCUGCACAUAUGUCCACUUUGUUUUAGCCCAAAAACAUAUCAGUCGGAAUACUUGAAUCAUGCAGGCCAAUUCUAUAAUGUGAACGGAUGGAUAUUUGCUUCCAGGUAGUGCUCUUUCAGACCGAAAAAAAAGCUUCAAUCAAGCUCGUUAUUAUAUAUAAAUAUAUUUUUUUUGUUUCAUUCAUUGUGUUAUUUGAAUUCCAAUUCUUUUUAUUUGUUUUUUUUUUUUUUUUGCAUUUGUUUGCUGACAAUGUUGGAGUAUGAGCUUUUUAACUUUGCACUGAAUGUGGUUUUUUCUCAGUAUAUAUAUUAUAUAUAAUCUGCAAUAUAGAGGGAGCAGCCAGUUUUUUCCAGUGUAGCUGUUUACUCAUUGAGGUCCUUACCGUAUGUGUGUGUAUGUGUGAAUACGUGUGCACACGCACGUGUGUGGAAGUACUUUGUGUGCCCGUGUGAGAAUGAGUGUGUGUGCUCCUCUCUGCCUUGGCACGCCUACCUUACUGCGUUGUCGUGGAGUUCAAGAUCAACAGAUAGUUAAAGAGUAAAAAGCUGACUUAGGAGGAUUAUCUGGUGAUAGUUAAAAAAAAGUGACAUUAAAGUAAAAAAGUAUUGCACCAAUUUUUGUUUUAAAACUAAAGAACGUCGAGCUCUGCAGUGCAAAGGACUGUAGCCGCAGCUGGGACUAGCAAGCCACGCCCGUCUUAAUAUAGGGGCGGGGUUAACUAGCAAGCCCUCCCAUUCGCCCCCUGGUGGGCGUGGGGGGAACAGCACUUUCAGAAUAGGCUUUCAAUGUUUUGGAGGUGCCACACUGCAACCUCUUGUUUACAAGACUUAGGAGGCGAACUGUGUGUUCAUCUUUCAUUUUAAAAAGAAGAUAAAAUAUCAAAAAUAUCAAAAAAAAAUUAAAAAUAAUAAAAUGUUUUUAAAAAAUUAUAAAAUGGAAAAAAAAAUACAAAAAAAAAAUACACUCUCACUGAGGAUGAAGAUGAUGCUUUGUAACUCUGGGAAUUCGGAUCAGUGUUUUUGGCCAUGGUGUUGGUUAUUUGAACUAUUCCUCUUUGUCUGCUAAAUAACCAGCAAUGGUUCUCAGGAAAUCAAGCCAGUUUCCCCCUCCUUGUAGUUAAAUUAAAAAAGAACUACUACUACUCCUUGUAGGUAAGGAAAAUCCAACUUCUAGCACUGAAAACCAUGUAUAGGUCUGUAAUUUUUUUCUCUGCCAAAUAACUGCUUUAAGCUGGAGAAGCUCAACACACUGCUUUUGAUAUGCUGUCUUUUGGUGAACGGGGGGGGGUCUUGAUGUUGGGGGGUGGAGGUAGGUGGGUUGUAAGAAAACCCGACUCCUCCCCCCUCUCCUCCUCUUCCACCACUCCUCCACUCCACUGAUGAAACAAAUCAAAAGUGGGGGGGUGUCUGUUGUGCGAGUCUGUGAUUGUUAGUAGAAAAAAAACUUUGUCUUUGUCAGACUUAAAAAACCAAGAGAAAGGUGAAUCUGUAUCUAUGCAUACUGUAGCCUCUGACAUGGCCUAACGAGAGGCAUUUGUUGUUCGUUUUUUUUUUUUUUCUUCUUCUUUUUGUUUCGUCCCCCGUGUCUCAAACUGUUGGGUCUAUUACAACGAAAUUGAAAAUUACAACUUGCUUUUUUUUUUCUUUUUUUUUUUUUAUCUCGCUGAUUGCCACAAAUGGUGUUUUUUAAAAAAAAAGACAGAAAAAUAUAGUUUUGGUUGAAGAUAAUAUUUUAACAGUGCAAAAGUCGUCCACAUUUCAUUGCCUUGAUCAUAAUUGUGUCCGAAGAUGCAACAAGUCAAGUGGCUUCUACCUGUUUACAAAUAGAAUAUGAUUGUAUUGUACUGUUUUAUUUGUUUUCAUUUCCCUUUUGGUGGGGGGGGAGGGGUCUAUUGAUCUGAGGUUCCUGACCUGAUGAUGUGUGUGUGAGUGAUUACGUGUGUGUGUGUGUGUGUGUGUAAGUCCGUCCUGUACCGUCAGAUGUGAGUUCUUAUGCUUGAGCUAAGUGGUUGGAGGGAGUUGUCGUCGUCGUCGUCGUGUGCACAUGAAUGUAAAAUCCACCAGUGAUGUCGCUCUACAAAAUGACACGUGUGAAAACCAGAUUUAUCUACCAUUCAUUGUUCCGUCUCUAUGAUGCACUUUUUUUUUUCUUUUUCUUUUUUUUUCCGGAGAAAAACAAAUCGCUUCAGACAGUGUGUGAAUUAGAAGUCAGCGUCAGCGAAGCCAUGGACCUUAAUUUCUUUUUCUUUUAAUGUAAUAAGUGUGUGUUAAUGCUAUUGUGUGAGUGUGAGUGUGUGUGUGUGUGUGUUUGCGUGCCUGUUUUUCCUCUUCAGUUUUGCUUUUUAUUUCAGUAAUACUAAAACAAAUGUUUGCCUAAGUUGUGCUUUUAAGUUUAGCCGUGACUAUUUAACAACUUCAAAGCGUACGUAGUGAGAACCUUGAGUAUUAGUCAGACUUGACAGUGGUGUGUGCCAGUAUUGAACUGCUCUCUACCAAAUAAUUCAACUAUACAAAAAAGAUUAGUUUACUUAAUUCCACAAUUCUUUGCUUAAACUAUAUACAUAUAUAUAUGGGUAUCUUAUUUGUACUUGUUGUUGUUUUUUUUGUCUCGUUUAUCCAAUGUUUUCAAGUGGAACACCUGAACCAUGUCUGUCAAUUGUAUUUGAGUUAAUUUAAUUUGACAAAAUUUGAACUGAGGAGCCUUGGAUUUUUGCACUUGAGUGGAUUUAGGAGAGGCCGAGCUUUCAGACGGAGAGUAAAGGUGCAGUUUGGAUUUUUUUCAGCUGUGUCUUAGUUGUGAGGAGGUGCAUCUGUCAGAGUAUUGUGACAGGGUAGUGUGUGUGUGUGUGCGUGCAUACAUGUGUGUACACGUCUCUUUGUUGUUAUGCGGACACAUUUAGGGUUUUGUUUUUAAAAGAUAUUGUUGUGUGGACUUCUUGGCCGCUCUUCAACUUGAAAGGGCAAAGAAUGGCUGUGAUUGGCGUUUUAUGUAAUGGUUCACAUUAGCAUUUGAGGCAGAGGAACGCAUCAUGGCCGCUGUUCAUACCUGGCUCAGUAGGUGUAGUUACAUUGGUCAUGUGACGAUGAAAAUGUGCAAAAACAUUGAUGUGCUCAUAACAUCACCUCUGGAGUUAUUGGUCCAGAACAAACUGUAAAAUUCUUUCACACGUCAUCGUUAACGUAGGGAGUGGAACGGAGCAGGUGUAGGCCACCCAACCUGCCACCUGGUGGUGCUGUGUCAGGAAAAGGGACUAGACAAUAUGGAUUCCUUUCUUCUUUUUAGAUGAGGCGUAACUGACUCCAGUUAGAAGUUUUGGUUCAACACAGAUGAAGUCCUUUUUUUGUUAACGCUGUUCAGAUAUUUAGAAGUGAAACGUUUAAGAACAGACUGUUAACACAGGCUUUUCACCAUAUUACAUACUCAAAAUAUCAUUACAAGUGUACUGGUUCAUGUUGCAGUGCACUUGUAAUGUUAUAUUAAGAAAUGAUACUACAAAGAGAACAACUUGGACCAAAUUCUCAGUUUUCCUUUUAGUUCCAUCUUAAACUGUUUAUAUAAAAAACAACAACACCAACAACAUGGUCAUCUCGUAGAAAAGCAAAUUUGUCUUUAUUUAUUGACGGUUUUGAGUUUGUAAAAUAAUCCCACUUUUCUUUUAUACAUUUCAACUUAUCUGACCUGAAUAUUCACCAGUGUGACUUCAGCAGUAUUGCACAAACGAAGGUGGUCGUUUCAAAGUUGUGGGCCAAAAAAAA